AUGCAGAAGUGCUGGAAGAAGUACUUUGGGCAGAAGUCCCUCAGCGAGGUGACCAUGGAUGAGUACUUGGGCAGCCAGGGACUCUACCGCAAGCUCACGGCCAAAGACGCCACUUGUCUCUUUCGGGCCAUUUCCGAACAGGUUUAUGCUUGUCAGAUUCAUCACAUGGCAGUCAGAAAUGCUUGCGUUUCCUUCAUGAGGAAAAACCAGAUAAAUUUUGAGGCUUAUGUGGAAGGCUCAUUUGAAAAAUACUUGCAACGACUUGGAAAUCCCAAGGAAAGUGCUGGACAACUUGAGAUCAGUGCCUUCUCCCUGAUCUAUAAAUUUGCUAUAGACCCACUGAUGUUCUCAAUUUAUCAGUUACUCGAAUUUGAUGUUUGGCUGGAGAGCAGAAAAGAACUUCAAAAAACAGAUUACUUGGUGUUUGCUGGAAGACAAUACUAUUUAGGAGACAAAUGUCAGGUACGGCUAGAAACGGGGGGGAAAUAUUACAAUGCCCAUAUACAGGAUGUGGGACAAGAUAAUAUGGUGACUGUCUUCAUUGAAGAGUUGGCAGAAAAGCAUGUUAUUCCAUUGGUAAAUUUGAAGCCUGUGACUCAAGUCACUCCACUUCCUGCAUGGAAUGUGAUGUCCAACAGAAAAGGAGGAAGUUAUCAGAAGAUACCAGACAUAGACAUGAAAACACGGAAGAAACUCUUCAAGAAAGUGCAUGGAAAGGAAGUCUACAUGACGGUGGCUUACAGCAGGGGCCACCCUGUCCUGCCACCUCGCCUGCAGCACACCAUGGCAUCAGAUCGCUCAUCUUUGGUCCAUUGUUCCCCAAAUGGGCAUAUAAAUCCAUAUGAUCAUUACAAUUUCCAGAAUUCACAGAGAACUGGACGGGGAUACGGAAUGUCGAGGGGAUCUGCCCGAUUUAUAAACAGGAACAACGUCACUGGGCAAGAAAUAGCAUUUUAUCCUAGUCCAGGAAAGAGAUGUUAUCAGAGCUAUGAUAACUUCUCGUAUAGAUCACGUUCAUACAGCCGUAGCCGCAGACAGAUGCAAUGUGUAAAUAAAGAAUGCCAGUACGGAUUUUCACCUGAGAAUGGGGAGGAACCUCGAGGUGUAGAAGAAACCAUGACUUUCUAUGAGAUUGAAGAAGGGGAUGAUGCAAAUUUUCCUCCUUUACCUAAUCGGGGUAACCCAGCUCCAAUAGUUCCUGCUCCUGCAGGAUUCUGGGUGACAAGAAGGACUUCAAACGCCAUCCCGCCAAACAAACCAGGCCUGAAUAAUUCAGAGGUAGUAGUAGAGGAACCAACUGACACUGUGCACUUACCCUCUGAUUUUCAAGGAGAAUAUCAUGAAGAUUAUCUGUAUACUCCUCCAGAUCCAGAGUGCGAAACAACCACAGUAUUUAAUGCAGCUGAAUCUACUGCAAAUUUGGAUGCAGGAGCAAACUGUGUCUCUUCUCAGGAAUCAUCUACCUCCUUCAGUUACUCUCAGAAGGUAAAUUUCUGUGAGGACGUAACUUGGAGUCAAGAAGAGUUUCACUGUCCAGAAGAGCUGAAAAAUGUUAUGGUAAAUUCCGCCAUUAUAUCCAGCUCUUCCUGUGUCAAUACCGCUCCAGCCGCCAUUUUCUCUUCCAGCUGCAGUGCUUCAACGCAAGUCACUAUCACUGCAUCUACCCCCCAGAAUGCUGUGCCACCAAUCUUAGUAACCUCUCCUGCGGGAAGGCCAGCGGUGUCUGUGUAUCAGUCACCUCCCCUUCCUCCUGUCAGUGAUGUGGGGGAAAACGGCAGUAUUACGCCCCCUUAUUCUUGUGAUCCAAGUGGAAGUGACCUGCCUAGAGAUCCAAAGGUUUUGCAGUAUUAUUUUAAUUUGGGCCUGCAGUAUUACCACCAAACCUGCUGGAACCCUGUGAUGUAUGUGCCGCAAACACCGUCACCACCGCCUCACGUGGAAACCUACCAGACUUAUUCAGAGCAAGUCUCUGUGGUGGAUUCAUCAGCGCCUCUGCCUUAUAACGACGUAGAGAGGAACGAUCCGCGUCAGAUGCCUGCAGACUCCUCAUCAACCGAUGCCUUGGCUGUCCCAGAAUCCUCUUCACCAUCUUCUGGAACCAUUUAUUACCCUGUGGGAACAGACACAUACACCCCGCCUCCUGUGCCAGGGUACGAAUCCUGCGUCUCAUUUGUGCCUGCGUACCACUGCGUCGGUUCUUGGUAUCCAGUCAAUGCGUCUUAUGGAAGCACAGCCCGAAUCCAUAACAGUGUUAACAAUGUUAAUCCCAGCCAUUUCCAUCAGGUUAACUAUGUCACCUCAUCCAAUCCACAACCACAUUUUGUAGCUCAAAGCAUGUAG